GGCACAGUCACUCUGGAUAUUAUCCCACACCAAGUCGCUCGGAUGUGCAAUAUGACUUUAGAAGAAACCAGUGGAGAGAGUUCUUCAGAAAGGAUGGAAUCGGUGGCCAAAGCAUUAGAGGAGGUGCUGAGCUCUGCAUUGCCUCAGGAUUGCAUCACUGUUGGAGUCUAUGAGGCAGCAAAGUCACUAAAUGCGGAUCCAGACAAUGUGGUGUUGUGUCUGCUGGCCACAGAUGAUGAAGAGGAUGUGGCCCUCCAGAUACAUUUCACCUUAAUCCAGGCAUUCUGCUGCGAGAAUGACAUCAACAUCCUGCGGGUGAGCAACAUGAGGCGUCUGGCAGAAAUACUUGGUGGAGUGAAACCUGGAGGGGAACCCAUGGACCUGCACUGUGUUCUAGUGACUAACCCUCAGUCGUCACUGUGGAAGGACCCUGCACUGAGCAAAGUGAAUAGAUUCUGCAGAGACAGUCGCUGUUUGGAUCAAUGGGUGCCUGUCAUUAACCUGCCCGACCGAUGAAACCUGCUUGGAUUUUAAAUGUAUUGUGUGCAUUUUGGAGAAAGUUACUGCACAAGGCCUGUGUUAAUGUCUGUGUUGGACUCCUUUGGAAGGGCCCCAGAGGAAGAAAGAGAAAGAGACAAGGAGGGGCAGAAAAGAAUGAACACAAGGAAGAGAAACGUUCCAACAAAUAUUACCAGGUCAGGGUGAACUCGUGGGCCAAGGAGUGACUCAGCUGUCUGAGUUACAGGAUUUCCAAUGAAUGACUGCGCCUUUCUCUGCUGAGAAAGAAGCCUUUACAGGAAACUGAAUCAUGUGAGCAGACAAGCACACGUGGUGGUGAGCACAGGCGCAGGACUGGGAAUAAGCAGACAGAGCCUCAGUUGACUAGACUCCAAGAACUGGACCCACACUGGAACGGACCAGUCAGAGAUGUCAGCUUGAAGAAUUCCUCAUGAAAAUUAGACCAAAUCCAAGCAUUUCUUCAACAGCACAUUUUAUUUAAGUAUUUAAGACUUGUCACUUUGAUCAUUCAAAAGGGAAUGUUUUCACAGUUUAUAAUUAUUAUUAUUUUAAGGGCAACAAAAUGUUCUGAUUUGUCCACUAACUGAUGUUUCUAUGUGUUAUUAAUU